CUAUCAGCGCAUUAAGGUUUUAAAUCUUAUCCCUGUCUUCUACCGUGGGGACCGACCGCGUCCACAAGCCGCACAGUCGCUCAGUGCUCUGCCGCUCGCUGUGUCGCUAUGUCGCUUCUUUUCCCUCAGUCUUGGGGCCUGGGUGGCCUGGGUGGCCUGAGCCUGCUAGUACCGUGCUUCUUUUUUUCCCUGAUUUCUAAACUUGGUAUCAAGCUCCAUCGCGGCACCAUGCCCACUCGUCACUACUCGCUACCGCUCUGCCGCUCUGCCCACUGUGUUGACUCGCCGCGCCGCCUGCCUGCCUGCCUGCCUGCCUCGCCGUGCUCGAAUGCCUCCUCAUGUCUUCCCCGUCACCCCGUCUUUCACCCCCUUCUUUUUUGCCCUAAUAUCAAGGUCGAGUCAGUUGCUUCUGAGCCACCUGGCCGCUGGUGCUUAGCCUCUUUCCCCUGGUCCAGAGGCCAAAAGGGGGCCCAGAAGUUUAUGCAACAAUGACGAUGGGACAAAUAAUAUCAGACGAACGAGUGUUGAUCCCCGUUCCCGCUGUUCGCCCGUCCAGCCCGCCAGCCCGCCAGCCGCCAGCCCGCCAGCCCGCCUCUCUGCUCUCUCGGGCCCUGCCCACACGUUGUGUGUUAUGUGUCACGGUGUCACGGUGUCUGGGCGUCUGAGCGUCUGUGGGUGUUUUGUGUCUUCUGGACACGUCGUGCCAAUCGGGCAAUCAGUCGACCACGAGUCUGUCAUCUACGAUCGGCAAACUUAAACAAAAACUUUGCUUAGACGCCCUCUGCACUCGCUGAUCACAAUCACACCCCUCCCCUCCGCUCACGACAGGAGAGAAGAGAGAGGGAGGGAGAUGCUGGACGCUCGGUACACCAGUGACAGUCCAAUUACACCCACCACUUCCAAACGCCCGCCAGCCCGCCCGCCAGCCCGCGCUCCAUCGCGCCGUCCUGGCAGGCUGGGCAGCCACAGCCUGGCGAAUGCCAUGGCCAUGCACGAAAUCCGGGCUAUGGGGCCCCGACGGGUCACAUCGCCGCUCAAAUCAGACAAUCAGACCAACCACUCAGGCGCUUCCCUGCAAUCUCUGGAUACGAUACGGAUAACCGGUAUGUCCACUCCCCAGCUCUCCUCUCACUAGCACCACCAUCGGCGCGGUACAGUAAAGGGGCCGGGCCACUAGCCCCCCAGUGCUGGUUGCUGUUUUUGGAAGUCUCUAUGUCUCUCAUCACGUACUCAUCUCUUCACCUCUUCUUUUGCCCCCCUUCUGCCUGCGUAUUUGUUCUACCCUACUGUGGUAUAUGGCACAGUAAGCAUGGGGGCAGGGGGGAUGGGGUGUACCCUGUACAUGCACAUCAUAGUACCCAACCACCACCUUAGCAGCUUAACAGCUUCGUAGGCAGCCCGGCAGCCCAGGAGACGAUCCAGUAGUCUUGUACGCACUGACAGUACAGUGGUGUGGACUGUAUUCUGUUGUCUGUCUGUCUCUGCCUCUUUUUCCCAAUCCAAGGGGGCCGCAGCAGCAGCAGCAGGCAGGGGGUCAGUCGAUGCUGCAACGUGACGGGGCCCCAUCCCGGACGCUUCUGGAAAUCUCUGCCGGCCGUUCGGGGUGAUCAUAACAAAUCACCAUUCGAACCUUUGAUUUCUUUGACCCUCUUGCCCUCCUGGUGACGCCCCUCUCUUCUCCUCUUGGCAGGGCUCUGCUCUAACUGGCAGGGUUGGUAGGCCAUGUCUCUCGCUUUGUCCGAGCUGCCGAGUAACCGCAAAUACGCCGUCGUGCAAGAAGGGGAAAGAUCACUGGGCAAUUGUGGGACGCUCGUGCUGGUCUGAAUUCGGAAUACGGGAGCGCGUCCCUCUACCAAGGCUGUUGCUCGCUCGCCACCCCUGGCAGUCUGGGGACCUCGGGGCACGAGAUCGAACAAGCAAUUUACCAACACAGACACCACCUCCGCACGUCGGUAGGUUUGUAGGUUUCUGAUUAGGUUUCCUCCACCCCUACUCCAGUUCGUUCCUUACACGAUCUCUCUUUUUUGUUGCGAUAUUCCCAAGAAGUCUUGGUCCUGCCUCGACCCGUCUUGAAUUGAACCACAUUCGUUUAAACCCCUAUUUGGUGACUUGAAGUGUAUAGUUUGGACCCGGGCAGAUAAUACUCGCACUGCGCGCCCAGCAUUACGCGUCCAGUGUCCUGAAUCCCAGCCAGUCCUUUCAACCUCUCAAAUCAAAACACAGGCAUCAUGCGUGCCGUCUCGCUCGCUUUGACAACGGCUUCGGCCCUCCUCAGCCUCUCCAGUGCUGCCUCGCUGGAGGAGUGGAAAUCCCGCUCCAUCUACCAGGUCGUCGUCGACCGUUUCGCCCGGACGGAUGGUUCCACCACGGCCGCCUGCGAUGAACUCUUCCUUUUCUGUAAUGGCACAUGGACCGGUCUUAUCAACGGUCUGGAUUACAUCCAAGGCAUGGGCUUCACGGCCGUACAGAUCAGCCCCAUCUCAAAGAACAUUGAGGACAACACCGCCGUCGGUGAGGCAUACCAUGGCUACUGGGUGGAUGACCUCUACGCCGUCAACGAGCACUUUGGCACCGAGGAUGACCUGAAGAAGCUGUCCGAGGAGCUCCACAGCCGUGACAUGUACCUCCUGGUCGAUGUUGUCGUCAACAACAUGGUCCAAAAGUUCGACAACAUUGUCCCGCCAAAGAUCGAUUACUCCAACUUUAACCCGUUCGACGACCAGGACUACUUCCACCCCUACUGCAACGUCACCGAGUGGACCAAUGAGACAAACUACCAGGACUGCUGGCUCUACCCUUACGGUGUCGCCCUUGCCGACUUGAAGACCGAGGACGACAAGGUCGUCGACAUGUUUAGCGACUGGAUCAAGGAGCUCGUUUCUAACUACUCCAUCGACGGCCUGCGAAUCGACGCCGCCAAGCACGUCAACCGCGAGUUCCUGCCCAAGUUUGUCGAAGCCUCCGGUGUCUUCGCCUUCGGUGAGGUCCUCACCGGUGAGCCCGAGGACUUCUGCCCCUACCAGACCCAAGGCUACCUGCCCGGCAUGCCCAACUACCUCGAGUACUACAAGAUCAAGGACGCCUUCAACGCAGGCUCCAUGACCAUGAUUGAUGAUAUCCGUGAGCAGGCGCGGUCGUCCUGCAACGACACUUUCGCCCUCGGCUCCUUCGCUGAGAACCACGACAUGCCUCGUUUCGCCUUCUACAACCAGGACAUGGCCAUCGCCAAGAACGCUAUGGCAUACAUCAUCCUCAACGACGGCAUGCCCCUCGUCUACCAGGGCCAGGAGCAGCACUUCUCCGGCGGCGACACCCCCCAGAAUCGUGAGGCCCUCUGGCUGUCCGGCUUCGACACGACGUCGGAGCUGUACGUCACCGCUGCCAAGCUCAACAAGGCCCGCAACACCCUCAUCGGCCUGACCAACACCACCGACAGCACCUACGUCGACUCGCGCGCGCAGACCCUCAUGGUCAACGACAACCACCUGUGCCAGGUCAAGGGCCCCGAGGGCUUCCAGAUCGUCAGCUGCAUCGUCAACCACUCGUCCAACGGCCCCUCGUACGAGCUGUCCAUCGGCGGCUUCACCGCCGGCGACCAGGUCGUCGAGGUCCUCAGCUGCGGCACCUCCACCGCCGACGAGACCGGCAACGUCACCAUGUACAUGAACAAGGGCGAGCCCAAGGCCUACGUCCUGCAGAGCCUGCUGGAGCAGAUGCCCGGCGUCUGCAACGAGACCAAGGACGCCAAGGACGCCUCCAAGGACAGCGCCGCCCCGUCCCUGGCGAGCGGCCUGGCCACCGUCUUCACCGUCGCCCUCGCCUCCGUCGCGAUGCUGAUGUAAAAGACUGACUGCGGAGCAGCUCCUUGUUUUUUUGUUAAAGUGGUGAUUCUGAAAAAGUCCGGCGGCAUUGCCCGUCGGGACUCGUUUGAGCUUACUGAUGGCGUGCUGCUUCGUGUGCUUGAUGCCUUAACGUCGCGCGGCUUUGAAGGAGCUGGUUGGUGGAAUGGAGUGGGCGGUAGUCGUGAAAUACUUUUUAUAACUCUCUUGCGUGUGCACAUGUUUUGCUGCUGCUCUGUUGGCACGUACAUAUGUUUUCAUGAAAACCUUUGAUAUCCAGACUUACGUACAUUGACAUUAAUUCAUUAAUAUGAACUCUGUCUGCUAUCAUCCCCGUGUUUAUCAAAUGUGACUGGUCAGAAAUCGGGCACGCCCGGGAGCCCCCCCCUCGGGGGGGAGGCUGGCGCAAGGGAUGGAGAGAGUGUUCGGGACAGCAUGCCCGCCCAGCACGAUUCACUCUCGCAGAGUUCUCAGACAACAAGAGGCUUGUAUUGCGAAGCUACGGGGGCUUGAUCAGCUUCCCAUACGAAUCCACUGAACGGACAGUUGGGGGUUGAAGGGCUGAUGGAUUCGAGUUUCCAACUCAACACCUCUGAGAAAUGGCAUUAUACGAAGCCGCGAGAUAUCUUCGAACAUGUGACAUGAGGCUGAAUAGACCCAUUCUGUCCCGGUUUUACUGACAUCAUACCUACCUUGGCAAGGCUGGAAGCAAUCUCCAGCGAGGCAUCACCCCUCAGUCCUCAAUUCCUCGAGUCCCAAGUCCAUCGCGACAGUGAUCAUCGACACUGAUUUCACGGGCAAGUAUGAGGUGAGGUCAGUACAGUACAACCUCGCAGUACGGAUCAUCCCAGAACAGUUCUUGUCUUAUAGGGCUUAGGAGGUUUCAAAUAUGAAGGCACUCACUCGGCCGAGAA